AAAAUCAGUAGUGAUAAAAAAAUAAAUUUGAACUUUUUAAACAAAUUGAGAUAGAAACACACACACACACAAACAAGAUAAAAAAAAGAAGACGCAAGAACUUUAGCGAUUAAACAAAAAAUUUCAUUUCGAAGACUUCUGAAAAAGAAAAGAAAAAAGAAAGUUUUAAUUAAUAAUAUUAAUAUCUUAAAAGUGCUUAGUGAUACAAAAUAAUUUUAUAUAAAAGAUGAUGCCAAAACGUCCACGACUUGAUGCCGUACGCGGCCCUAUAUCAUCAAACGGCCCUCUACAAUCACGGCCGCUUGUAGCUUUAUUAGAUGGUAGAGAUUGUUCCAUUGAAAUGCCAAUUUUAAAAGAUGUUGCAACAGUUGCAUUUUGUGAUGCUCAGAGUACAUCUGAAAUUCAUGAAAAAGUAUUAAAUGAAGCCGUUGGUGCUUUGAUGUGGCACACAAUAAUUCUAACGAAAGAAGAUCUCGAGAAAUUCAAAGCACUUCGAAUCAUUGUUCGUAUUGGCAGUGGUGUAGACAAUAUUGAUGUAAAAGCAGCUGGCGAACUCGGCAUUGCCGUUUGUAACGUUCCGGGAUAUGGAGUUGAGGAAGUUGCAGACACAACACUAUGUCUCAUUUUAAAUCUCUACCGACGAACAUAUUGGCUCGCAAACAUGGUUCGUGAGGGAAAAAAAUUCACAGGACCCGAGCAAGUUAGAGACGCAGCACAGGGAUGCGCAAGAAUACGCGGAGACACGCUGGGUAUUGUUGGUCUUGGACGAAUUGGCAGUGCUGUGGCAUUGAGAGCAAAGGCUUUUGGAUUUAAUGUCAGCUUCUAUGAUCCUUAUUUACCUGAUGGCAUUGAAAAAUCGUUAGGGCUUACUCGAGUAUAUACUCUUCAGGAACUUCUCUUCCACUCUGACUGUGUCUCCUUGCAUUGUACAUUAAAUGAACAUAAUCAUCAUCUUAUUAAUGAGUACACAAUUAAACAGAUGAGACCUGGCGCUUUCUUAGUAAAUACAGCCCGUGGAGGCCUUGUUGAUGAUGAGGCACUUGCACAAGCACUAAAACAAGGAAGAAUACGAGCAGCUGCUUUAGACGUUCACGAGAAUGAGCCAUAUAAUGUAUUUCAGGGAGCUCUUAAAGACGCCCCAAACUUACUCUGUACACCACAUGCCGCCUUUUACAGUGAAGCUGCAACAACAGAGCUACGCGAAAUGGCUGCGAGUGAAAUACGUCGCGCAAUUGUUGGGACCAUUCCAGAUGCUCUCAGAAAUUGUGUGAAUAAAGAAUACUUUUUGAGAUCGGCAUCCGGUGGAGGAUAUUCAGAAGCUGGCAUUAACGGUGGAUAUUAUUCAGGUGGACUGCAUACACAGCAAGCACACAGUACAACCCCAUUAGAAGCGCCUCAUAGUGCUGGAUCAACGCAUGCGGCAGCUAGUGGACCUCCAAGUCAAUCGGGCUCAGCACCACCAGUUUCGGGACAGCAACAAGGUAUUCAACAGCAUCCAUUGGUUAGCAAAUCGCCUCUUAGUGCCCCCGAUCCCAAUCAUCAUUCGUCAAGUGUUAAACCGGAGUCAUCAGAAGUUCACUAGUAUGUUUCUAUUGAGCGCUCACAUGCUAAAAUAAUAUGCAAGUUUUAUUUAAUUAUUUCUCCUUAAUUGGCAUAGAAAAUUGAACUAGAAUUUUCGUAUUGAAAAGAAUUUCAACAAACAAAAAAUAUGAAAAGAGAAAAAAACUAAAAACACAAAAAAUCAUUUCUUUUUAAACUCAUUGAAAAAAAAACGACACGGAUGGGAUGAUAUGAAAAGUGAGAAUGAGAAAGAAACAAGCAAAACAAGUAUAAAUGAAAAUGGAAAUUAUUAAUUUUGAAGGUGACGAUAAAUGAUAAUUUAUGAAUAGUGAAUACAUAUUCGCAAGAAUAAGUACUUAGGAUUAUUAAGGAUUAACAAAUUUCAACAAGAAAAGAAAUGAGAAGAGAAGAAGAAAACAACUUUUUAUGAUAAAUCAAUUAAUCAAUGCACACACAUUCAUUUUCCUGCUUAUGAAGUUGCUUCCUAUUUAAGUUUUCUCUCUGUAUUUUUUUUUUUUGACAAUCAAUUAUAUUAUUAUGACAAAAAAUUGUAUUUUUUAUUACAUUUCAAUUUUUUUUUAUUUUUUUCAUUUGGGAAACUGUAAAUUUAAACAAAACCUAAACGAAAUUGCAAUUGAAUUUGAAAUUUGAAACUUUCCUUCGUUAUUUUAUCAUGUAUAUGUUGUAAAAUCUUAAUUAUUGAGGAAAUCGUGUUAAAAAAAAAUGAGCUGUAAUGUUUGUUUCAUAAGUCUAUAUUGCAUUUAAAAGAGUUAAGAAAUAUGUUUAUUAAAAACAACAUCACAAGAUAUAAAAUCAUUCAGCGAAUUUCGGCUUGUUGAGAAUUGUUCUUGAUAAAUCUUUAAUUGGGUACCUUCCUUAACGCUUGUACAGUCUCAUCAAGAACUUAAUUUCGUUUAAAUCAUUAGAAUUUUCCUGUAAAUCGAUUAGUCGCUCUAAGAUGCCCUAGCAGAGCUAAUGAAAUCGACCACAAAAAUCAUUUUAUCGCGCCAAAAUUAAAGUGAACUGCUGUAAGACCUGAAUAUUCUAAUAAGAGCAGACAACCUGUACAACUUAACACUUAAGCAGAGAAUAUCCGGUUGUUAAAUUUACUUUUGACUUGAAAUGCAUCUCGUGGUCAAUUUUAUCCAGUGCUGCUCGUGAAUGGACAAAUUUACAAGAACUUUUAUUUCCAAAUCGAAGAAUUGUCAAAAAUUCUCACUAAGCCUCAUCGUCUGAAUAAUUAAAUAGAAUGGCAAAUGAAUUGUAGCAACGGAAUAAAAGUAAAUAAUAAUAAUUUCUCCAUUUUGAUUCAGUUACACUGGUCAAAUUCUUGUUAGCUUUCAAAAAUGUUUUCAUAUUCACAUAAAAGUGUGUUGUAAUUCACGUGGCUUACAAGCAAUAUGUAUUGGCAAGGUUAAUGUCUCGUUAAGUCAUCAAAAAAAAAAAAUAAAAAUUGCCAGACAAAAUCUGUACAGUCACGCUGCUUAGAAUGAUUUUUUUAUUUUCAUUUUACAAAUUUUCAUUGAAUAAGUGCCAUUCGAGCUACUAAAGACGGAAGAAAGAAGCUUUAAUAUUUUACAUCAAAAAGUAUUUUGCUUUUAAAUGCCAGAGGUGGCAAUCUGUGAAGGUUAUGGAACAAAACUAGAUUCGGAGUUGACUCAACGUCUACUUCAAACUCUGAAACAACGGAAUUAGUGGUGCGAAGAACUGUCUGAAUUGCUUUUCUCCACCUCUGCAUUAAAUGCUUUCAUCAUUAGUAACUUCCUAUAAAUAAACGUGUGUGAGACUUCAACUCAUUAGAAUAAAUGGUACAAAAAAUACACAUUUAAAAAUAACGGUACAAAAAAAGACUUCCUGCAGUUCAUUUGCCAUGCGAACGAUUUCCACUU